GUCGUCGCCGAGCCGACUCAUCCAAGCAGAACUCGCGACGCCCAAACCCUCGCACCUCCUUGACGGCGGCGGCGUACGGACGGCAGCGCGGCCAUGGCGGCGGUGGCCACGGUGAGCUCCGCCAGCGGGCUCCUCGCGAUGCUGCAGGAGCCGGCGCCGGAGCUGAAGCUGCACGCGCUCGCCAGCCUCAACUCCGUCGUCCACCUCUUCUGGCCCGAGAUCUCCACCAGCGUCCCCACCAUUGAGAGCUUGUAUGAAGAUGAGGAGUUUGAUCAGAGGCAACUUGCAGCACUAGUCGUUUCUAAGGUAUUUUACUACCUGGGAGAGUUAAAUGAUUCGCUGUCAUAUGCACUUGGUGCUGGACCCCUAUUUGAUGUUUCCGACGAUUCUGAUUAUGCCCAUGCUCUUUUAGCCAAAGCAUUAGAUGAGUAUGCCAGUAUCAAGACCAGAGCCUCUAAAGCUACAGAGGAGGAAGAGGACAUUGAUCCUCGAUUGGAGGCCAUUGUUGAGAGGAUGCUUGAAAAGUACAACAAUAUCCUAUUGUUUUGUGAUAUCUGUCAGUUCAUCAGAUGGGUUAUGAACCUAAUGUUAAUUCAUUAUCUCAGGUGUAUCCUUGAUGGAAAAUAUCAACAGGCCAUGGGUAUGGCUGUUGAAUGCAGGAGGCUGGAUAAGCUGGAGGAAGCAAUUGUUCGGUGUGAUAAUAUUCAAGGGGCUCUAUCGUAUUGCAUCAACCUUUCUCAUCAAUAUGUUAAUCACCGUGAAUAUCGCUUUGAGGUUCUCCGUUGUCUUGUUAAAAUAUACCAAACUUUGCCAAAUCCAGAUUAUCUGAGCAUUUGCCAGUGUCUGAUGUUUUUGGGUGAGCCAGAAACUGUCGCAAGCAUAUUGGACAAGCUGCUUUCUGGAAGCAAGGAUGAUGCUCUUCUCGCGUAUCAAAUUGCGUUCGAUCUUGUUGAGAAUGAAAACCAGGCCUUCCUUUUGAAUGUGAGAAAUCGUCUGACCUCGCCGACUCCUGUGCCAUCUGACCCUGACACUGGGUCAGCUUUACAAGAUGAUCAAACUGCUAGUGCGGGUACAGGCACAGAAACAGCUGGGGAUGUUCAGAUGAGAGAUGACACAACUGCGCCGAAUGGAAAUGCUCACACUGUGGAUCCAAAUGCGAUAGCACAUGCCGACAGGCUUGCGAAAAUUAAAGGAAUACUAUCAGGGGAGACUUCUAUUCAGCUGACAUUGCAAUUUCUAUAUAGCCACAAUAGGUCCGAUCUUUUAAUUCUGAAAACAAUUAAGCAGGCUGUGGAAAUGAGGAACAGUGUUUGCCACAGUGCAACUAUAUGUGCCAAUGCAAUCAUGCAUGCAGGAACUACUGUAGAUACCUUUCUAAGAGAGAACCUGGAGUGGUUAAGCAGAGCAACCAAUUGGGCGAAAUUCAGUGCCACUGCUGGACUAGGUGUCAUUCAUAGAGGCCACCUUCAACAGGGCCGGGCUUUGAUGGCCCCCUACCUACCUCAAAGCGGUGCAGUUGGUGGUGGCAGUCCAUAUUCAGAAGGUGGUGCCCUCUAUGCGUUAGGUCUGAUUCAUGCCAACCAUGGUGAAGGAAUCAAACAGUUCCUCCGUGAAAGUCUUCGCAACACCAGUGCUGAGGUCAUCCAACAUGGUGCAUGUUUGGGACUUGGCCUUGCAGCUUUGGGAACUGCUGAUGAGGAGAUAUAUGAGGACAUAAAGAAUGUCCUUUACACAGACAGUGCUGUGGCUGGUGAGGCAGCUGGUAUUGGCAUGGGCUUGCUCAUGGUUGGGACUGCCAGCGAGAAGGCUAGUGAGAUGCUUGCUUAUGCACAUGAUACCCAACAUGAAAAGAUUAUAAGGGGUUUGUCUCUGGGCAUUGCAUUGACAGUAUAUGGCAGGGAAGAAGAAGCAGACACCUUGAUUGAACAAAUGACUAGAGAUCAAGAUCCCAUACUUCGUUAUGGUGGUAUGUAUGCAUUGGCUCUAGCCUACAGGGGAACUGCAAACAACAAAGCUAUCCACCAGCUGUUGCAUUUUGCUGUAUCGGAUGUCAGUGAUGAUGUUCGGAGGACUGCAGUUAUGGCUCUUGGAUUUGUUCUAUACAAUGAACCCGAGCAGACUCCAAGGAUUGUGUCCCUGCUCUCUGAGUCGUACAACCCACAUGUUCGUUAUGGUGCAGCCUUAGCUGUUGGGAUAUCUUGUGCAGGAACCGGAUUAAGUGAUGCCAUCUCCUUGCUGGAGCCUCUUACAUCAGAUGUCGUUGACUUCGUGCGUCAGGGAGCUCUCAUUGCUAUGGCUAUGGUAAUGAUCCAGACCAAUGAGUCCUUCGAUUCUCGUGUUGGAGCAUUCAGGCGUCAGCUGGAAAAGAUCAUUCUUGACAAGCAUGAGGACACCAUGAGCAAAAUGGGUGCCAUACUAGCUUCUGGUAUUCUUGAUGCUGGUGGUAGGAAUGUCACAAUCAAGCUCCUCUCAAGGAACAAGCAUGACAAACUCACUGCUGUGGUUGGUCUCGCUGUUUUCAGUCAGUUCUGGUACUGGUAUCCUCUCUUAUAUUUCAUCAGCCUGGCCUUCUCACCAACAGCCUUCAUUGGGCUCAACUCUGAUCUGAAAGUGCCAAAGUUUGAGUUCUUGUCACAUGCUAAACCGUCCCUUUUUGAGUAUCCCAAACCGACAACUCAGCAGACUACCACUUCAACCGUGAAGCUGCCAACAGCUAUUUUGUCAACUUAUGCCAAGGCGAAAUCUAGGGCAAAGAAGGACGCAGAAAGCAAAGCUAACCAGGAGAAGGCCACGGAAGAGGCUUCUGGUUCUACUUCAGGCAAGACGGCUAAAAGUCAGGAGAAGGAUGCUGAUGCGAUGCAGGUUGAUAACACCGCAGAGAAGAAGGCCCCUGAACCUGAGGCAACCUUCCAGCACCUGACAAACCCGGCUCGUGUGAUUCCUGCCCAGGAGAAGUUCAUCAGGUUCAUCGAAGGUAGCCGAUACGUCCCGGUGAAGCCUGCUCCCUCUGGAUUCAUCCUCCUCAGGGACCUGCAACCCACGGAGGCUGAGGACCUCGCACUGACUGAUGCCCCCUCAACAGUCACAGCAACCACAGGCAACACGGCAGCUGCUGCAGGCCAGCAGGGAUCAGGAUCAUCCGCCAUGGCUGUCGAUGAGGAGCCGCAGCCACCUCAACCCUUCGAGUACACCUCGUAAGCGUAGAUGCCUGGGUUUGUAGAGAGGGGUUGUGUUGGUGGCCUGAACUUACAAAUCCCUUUGUUGCUGCUAUACCUUUGCUUAUUCCUUUUCCCCCCCUUUUUGAGUAUGUAGUGUGCGGAAAUUUGUUGUUGGUUGGAAGACCUUAGUAAAAUCAUGAGUAGAGAAUUUACUUGAAUUGGCGUUAUAGGAUCGAUGUUUGGGGCCUGGGUGCCCCACCCUCCCUCCUGCUUUCUCCUUCCUGUGAUGUAAUAUGUGCCUGGAACACGUUUUUACCACGGUUUAAUUCUCUGUUGCAAUGCUGAUAUUGCACAAUUUCCGAA